AGGUGACGUCACGCGCCACGUGGAAGCCACGUGUUUUGUUUUGAAGGGGCCGCCCAUGCAUUCCGUCGUACGCGGAGGGGACCGCGGUGAUCCGUUCCCCGGCAGAGCCUCCCACCCCUCCCCGAGCCUCGCGAUCCAUUCCCCGGCAGAGCCUCCCACGCCGCCACGAGCAGCGAGCCGCCCCAUCGCGCGUCCGCGACACGGCCGCUUGGAUGCAGUGGAGGCAUCUGGCGACCGCGCUCCUGCUGUGUUCUCUUUACGUGGCCUCGAUCCUCACGAACAAGUAUGUCCUCUCUGUCUUGAAGUUCACCUACCCAACUCUCUUCCAAGGGUGGCAGACGCUGAUUGGGGGGCUGCUGCUGCAUGCGGGCUGGCGACUGGGCUACUUGGAGCUGUCUACUCUAUCGGGGACCGUGGUGGUGUCAUGGUUUCCUGGAGCCCUCCUCUACGUGGCUGUGAUUUACGCUGGGUCCCGAGCGCUGUCACUGCUGCCGGUGCCCACCUUCCUGCUGCUGCAGAACGCGUCGGAGGUGGUGCUGUGCCUGUGCUCCGCCGUGCUGUGCAGAGAGAAAAUCCCUCUAGUUAGACUAACGAGCCUGCUGUUGAUAACCCUGUCCUCAGGAGGUCUCCUGUUCUGCGAUGUGCAGUUUGACCCCGGCGGCUACGUGUGGGCAUUGCUGCACUUCGUAUGCGCCGGAAUCUACAAAGCCUUCUCCUAUGAGCACAGCAAGAGCCAGUCACUGAGUGAGCUGGAUCAGCAGUAUUUAAACUACAUUGUCAGCGUUGUGGCUCUGCUGCCGUCAUCGCAUCCGCUUGGUGACCUGCUCGGAGCGGCCGAGUUUCCAUUCCUCUACUUCUACCGCUUCCACACGGGAUGCCUGGCCAGUGGGAUCCUAGGCUUCCUGUUUGUGGUGACGGGCGACCGCUUGAAGGCAUGCAUCUCUUCCGCCGACUUCUCCAUGUGGCUGCUGGCGGGGAAGAUGUACGCGUGUGCCCUAUCCACCGUCCUGUUUGAAACCACGCUGACUACGUGGAUGGGAAUCUGCCUCCUGCUCGGCCUGGUCAGCGAGGUUUUGCUCACGCUGGGCGACAAGUGGCAGGAGGGCGGCAGCGACUGCCUUGGGGUCAGCUCCUCCCUCCAGCAGAAGGCGUCGCUCGCCACCAGCGGCAUCGGAAGCCAAGGAACCAGCAAAGUCGUGUGAGGGGGAGACGGGGGAAGAGGAGCGCUUGGCUGGAAUGGAGGCACCUGCCCGUCACUCCGCACUCCUGGUUAGAGGUCCCAGAUUAAGGGCCGAUUCUAAAGCCGCUCUGAUGAUGGCAGGGGAGAUGACCACCUGUUUACAGUGCCGAGCCAGUGAACAUUCUACAUUCCUAUGGCAGGGAGCAGUGCCUCUAUGUAAACCACAGUUGGCUUCCCACUUUGGUUUUAUUCCGUCCGUCGACCCUGCAGGAGUGAAAGGUCGCACCGACCCUCAACCGGAAUUUAUACUGGAGCUGCCCAAUCGCAAACCGCGUGCUCUGCUGACGGCACCACCACCAUCACCACAACGUAACCACGACUAAUAAUAUUACUACUAGAGACAAAUACAAAAAGACAAAGAUCCCCUGUAUAGCCUUAACAUUGUUAGGGUAAGUGCUGUUAGUGAGCACCUAUGAAAGCUAGCACGGCACUUGAGGGAGUGGUGCGGCUAGUACCACGCCCGGCCGCCUUGUCUCCCCAGUGGCAGUGUUUACACAUCACACCAGGUACUCAUUUGAGGCAUGUCGACAUAGGAGGCCCAGGGCCGGUUUCAGAUAAUCGUCACUGGUGCACUGGUGUUAGCCAUGAGCGGGAAUCUAACUCGGGUCGCCUGCGUCUGCAUAAUGAAGCGUGUACUGGCGAAGCGAGUGGUGAAAUAUCGGCGUGGUUUGUACGCCUUGGUGCAAUGAGCCACACAGGUUCGCAGCUUGGCACCGGGCCGUGGAGUUCCGCAGGCAGGGUCCGGCACGUGCUGGAUGUACAAAUAUUUUUUUUCUACAGCAUAUACUGUAUGCAUAUAGCGUUUUAACUUUUUUUUAUUCUCUAUGUAGCCAUGGUCUGUUGGUAUCUCUGCAAGUAUAUUUUGGAAAAGUCAUGAAAAUAACAAUUUGAUAAAACAGUAUUUUUGAUGAUGGGGGGCGGGGGGGGGGAGAAUAAGAUGCAGAACGGCGGUGUGAGGUCGUUGUAAUGCGGGGUAUCAAUCGUGGUUUGGGAUUUAACGCGAUCUUGGCAUGCGGCAUUUUCCACUAAUCCUAUUACUUCAUUACUUCUUGACUUAAAACUUUUGUGACUGCAGGAAUACAUAUUCUAUGGAUCUUUCGGUAAAGCCACGUAGAUAGAAAAAUAAUAAAAAAUAUAUCAUGACGUUUCGAUCGCAACACAGGCAUUCGUCUUCAGGUGAGAGAUAGAGAAAGCUGCUGGGACAAGGUCUUAUAUAGGGCACCCUCCGAUCUUACAUUUACAUGCAAAUAUCAUCUCUAGCCCCGCCCACUUACACUUGGGCUACACACAGUACAAUGGCCACCUCCACAGCUUUGGUGGUGCCCUACAGGCUAAUCUCUCACAAUACAAAGGCGACUGCCCCAGCCUCUGUGGUUGGACCAUCUCUAGCUCCACCCACCUAACUUGAUGCACCCAUCUCAGGCCUAUAUAAGACCUUGUCUCAGCAGCUUUCUCUCUCACCUGAAGACGAAUGCUUGUGUUGCGAUCGAAACGUCGUGAUGUUUUUACGUGGCUUCACCGAAAGACCCAUAGAAUAUACUUCAUUACUACCUAAUGAAUUUCCCUCUUUGGGGAUAAUUUCACCUCGGACAACUGCGCUGUGGCUCCUACGCCUGGCGGCCGUGUCGCGUCGUCUGUGUGCAUUGGCUGUUGCUGUCCUCGUUAACAAAGCUGCCAACGUCACCAUCUCCUUUGUCCUUGUGCUUGGAAUACUUGUUCAUUUUUCUUUGACAGUAAAAUCAUUAAAGUAAUUAACGUGUACAUUAUAAGUGAUGGUAAGUGAUUUUCCCAUGAAAGUAUAAAUAUGGUAUUGUACGGUUACCUGCCUUUCGUAAAUGGAUGACAUGAACACACUUUACUUGUACUGUGACACUUAUCUUGAGCUGUGUGGCCAUGUUUGUACGCUGGAUAACGGUGGAAUAACUCUCACUGGCAAUAAAACUGUUCUUGUGUACG